AUGGCAAUUGCAACCAUGACUACUCCUCUUCCAAUUUCCUUUUUCCCUUUUCUUCUUCUCAUUCCCGCUAUCUGUUCUACCAUUUGUCAUGCCAAUUCCAACCUACUUUGCAUUCAAAGUGAGAGAGAAGCCCUUUUGAAAUUCAAGAAUGAUCUUAUUGAUCCUUCAAACAGGCUAUCUUCAUGGGUUGAAGGUAGGGAUUGCUGUGAAUGGAUUGGUGUCUUCUGCCAAAACUCAACAGGCCACGUCCACCAACUGCACUUGGCUUCUCUUCUUUCAGCCUCAGAUUUUAACGCAACACCAGCUGAAUGGGAAGCUUACUACAAUUCCCUGCUAGGAGGCAAAAUAAAUCCUUCAUCUGCUGGAGUGAAGCAUCUCGGUUCCUCGGACUUGAGCAAUAACAAUUUUAGCGACAUACAGAUCCCGAAGUUUUCGGUUUGCUGGAGAGUUUUAACAUAUCUUAACCUCUCUCGAGCACGAUUCCAGGGAGCAAUUCCUCAUAGCCUGGGGAAUCUUUCAAAGUUGCAGUAUCUUGAUCUUGGAGGUAAUUAUUUUGAUGAUUUGGAACAGGUAACAUUCAAACUUCCUUCUUUGUUAGAGUUGCACUUGUCAGGUUGUGGAUUACAUCCAUCUUCGAUCAGUGUUAAUUCUUCAAAAUCACUGGUUAUUCUUGAUCUUUCUUGGAACCGCUUUUCUCCAGUACCUAAGUGGAUAUUUAGUCUUCAUGGUCUUGUGUCCAUUGAUCUUAGAUACAAUGAUUUGGAAGGCCCAAUUCCAGAUUACUUUGGGAACUUCUCGUUUCUUGAAGUUCUUGAUCUUAGUGGGAACUCACUCGAUUCAUCCAUACCCAAUUCGUUGUAUAGUUUAAACCGUCUUCAGUUCCUUAGUCUUAGGGGUAACCAGUUACAAGGAACAAUCUCGAGCGCCAUUGGAAACUUGAGCUCUAUUACUCACCUUGAUCUUUCUUAUAAUUAUAUGUUGGAAGGAAGAUUACCAACCUCUCUGGAAUAUCUGUGCAAAUUGAAGGAGAUGGAUUUGUCAUUUAAUAAAAUUGAAGGUGGAAUAUCAGAAAUCCUACAGAGUUUGUCUAGAUAUUGUUUGGGUUCCUUAGAGUCAUUGGAUAUGUCCAAUAACCAACUUUCUGGCCAUUUAACUGAUCAACUUGGACAAUUUAAAAAUCUAUCUUACUUGUCCCUUGCUCAAAACAAAAUUUCUGGUCCCAUUCCAUCAUCGAUAGGGGAGUUAUCAUCUUUGAAGUUCUUUGAUGUUUCAGAAAAUCAAUUAAAUGGUACUUUUCCUCUAUCUUUUGGACAACUGGAAAGUUUGGAAACUCUGAAUUUUAGGAAUAAUCUAUUGGAAGGAGUUGUAUUAGAAACCCAUUUUUCUAAUCUCACAAGAUUGACAACUCUAACAGCAUCACACAAUAGGCUUAGAUUUGAACCAAACUCAAGUUGGAUUCCCCCAUUUCAGUGUGAAACUAUUGAAUUGGGUCACUGGCAUCUUGGCCCAAAGUUUCCCCAAUGGUUAAAAUUCCGAAAGAAGUUGUUUGUGUUAGAUAUCUCUAAUGCAGGAAUUUCAGGUGUCAUGCCCACUUGGUUUUUGAACCUUCCAACUCAAUUUGAAUAUUUAAAUCUUUCCUUUAAUAAACUUACAGGAGGGAUUUCAUAUUUGAAUGUGAAAGACAUUGUUGACUUGAGAUCAAACCAAUUCAGAGGACCAUUGCCAAGAGUAUUCAGAAAUUUACAACAUUUAAUUUUAUCAAAUAAUUCAUUUUCAGGAUCUCUUUUUGAAUUAGUUUGCAAUUCAUCAAGUGGGGAAUUAAUGGAAGUUCUUUACAUUGAUAAAAAUCUUAUCUCAGGAGAAAUUCCAGAUUGUUGGAAUCAUUGGCAGGAUUUGGGGCUUUUAGAUUUGGGAAGCAACAAUUUGACCGGAAAAAUACCACCUUCUUUAGGGCAUAUAAAUCUUGCAGUGCUAAACCUUCGAAACAAUAGCAUGUUUGGAGAAUUGCCAUCCACAUUGCAAAAUUCCAGUUUGAUUAUGCUUGAUCUUAGUGAAAAUCAUUUCAAUGGAAGUGUACCAGCAUGGAUUGGAGACAAUUCCUCAUUACUUAGGAUUAUAAGCCUUCGAUCAAAUAAUUUUGAUGGUCAUAUUCCACAUAAAAUUUGUGAUCUUCUAAAUCUUCUAAUUUUGGACCUUGCACAUAACAACAUUUCAGGCACUAUUCCAAAAUGUUUUCGUAAAUUGUAUUCAAUGGCCAACAGAAACAACCGGGAAAACUAUAUGUAUGUAUCAGAAGGUCUUUAUUUGAGUGCAUUAUUAGUGUUGAAAGGACGACAGGAUGAAUACGGUGCCACACUAGGGCUUGUUACUAGCAUAGACCUUUCAACUAACAGUCUUACGGGAGAGAUCCCAAAAGAAAUUGCACGUCUCGUUGAGCUACGAUCAUUAAAUUUGUCAGGAAAUCUCCUAACAGGAAAUAUUCCGGAUAACAUUGGCAACAUGAAGUUGAUGGAAUCUCUUGAUUUGUCGAUGAAUCAAUUGAAUGGUGAAAUCCCUCUAAGUUUGUCCAAUUUGAAUUUCUUGAAUCACUUCAAUGUGUCCUACAACAACUUGACAGGACAAAUCCCAACAAGCACUCAGCUUCAAAGCUUUGAAAACUUUUCUUACAUGGGCAAUCAUCUUUGUGGACCUCCUCUCACUAAAAACUGCAGCACAAAAGAUUUUUCAACUGAUUCUGAAAAUAAUGGAAGCAGCAGUGAAGAAAGUAAAGUGAAUUGGCUUUAUGUCAGCAUAGUUCUUGGUUUUGUAAUGGGAUUUUGGGGUGUAGUGGCUCCCUUGUUUUUCAUCAGGCCUUGGAGGCAUGCAUACUAUCGAAAGUUGGACCAUAACUAUGCUAAACUGUAUGUGUUUUGGGCUACUAUGGAUAUCUAG